CUGACGUCUUAUAUAACUGUCUGUUUCCGGUCACAUGUCCUGGUACCGGAAGUAGCUGUUAUUGUUGUUGAUGUCCACGCUGGAUAGACAUGCCUGUGAGUGACAGCACGCAUGGUUGAUGCAGGACGGACGGGCGGGCAGGAUGUAUAGUGACCGGGGACUGGUGCGGGCUGUAUAUCUGGGCUGCCAUGGGUAGAGGGCUGGGGGUAUAACCUCACUGAUUAGUGCUGUGCAGCAUUCACUAAUUGGAUUAUAGUCCAUUUAAUGGGCUGUCACAGCCAGCCAGGUGCCAUAACCACGUGUGGGGGCAGUCAGCAGGGCCCUGGGGCAGUCCCUGGAAUAUAUAACCUUAUCCAUGGGCAGCAUAUGCUGGGCCAGUGGGUGCCACGUGUCCUGGCUGAGCUCAGCAGCUGGUGUGCAAUAUGUCUGUGAUGCUGGCUGAGCAUCAUGUGAAUGUAUUCCACAUAGUCUGCACUGGAUAGCUGUAUGGGAGAGGCUGUCCUUGUUGGUCUCUGGAUUAUCACUUAGACCUGGGAUAGGUGUUGUGGACUACAUCUCCCUUAAUCCCAUGACACACAUAAUGCUGGCAAAGCAUCAUGGGAGGUGUAGUCCAAAACAUCUGUAGUGCCCAAGGUUGCCAAUGCCUGACUUAGACUAUCAUUACACCUGUUGCAUUUCUAGAAAGCCAAGCCAAGAUGGUGGUCAGCUUAUUGCAAAGGUGCAAUGUUAAGUUUUUGGUGUGUGCCUAAUGUUUGACUCUGCUAUAAUAUGGUGCUCUAUUUUUGUGAGACGUUCUUGUAUCAGGUCCACUGGGUGCAGAAAACAAGUUUAUGGACUUCAAGUUGAGGCUGAAGCUGGCUUCUUAUUUGGCCAGUUUCUUAUUCAUGGAAGUUGGUUUCGGAGUCGGCUCUGGGUAUAAUGUUAUACGACCCAAACUGAAAUAAUGACAACCUAUACGGGUGAACUCCAGGCUUAGAAUGAUGUAAUAUCAUCAUUGGUAUUGGCCAGUAAGCCAUGAUCAAACCUUCAGAAUUAAUUACCCAAAAAUUAGUCUGAGUAAGUAACUGGUGUAUCAAAGGGUUAAGUGCCUUUGGGCUAUGUAUUUUCAAAUGGCUUUACAGAAUGUGGUUCCGUCUUAGACUCACUUGAUUUUAGCCUGGCCCAAUGGUGACUUUGGCUAUACAAAUCAGUGACAAUCUGUGGGCAUUGUUUUUCAUGAUUUUUGAAUAGGUAACUGAUGUUUCGAAAGGUUCAAUUGCAGUUGGGCCACUGUUUUUCACAUGGAUUUGCAGAGUAGGGUGCCCUCUUAGACACAAUUGUCUUUAGCCUGACACAAUGGUGAUUUAAAGUAACAAUUAUAAUCAGAUUUGGAAAUCUCCUGUUAACUAAAGGCAUAUCCCAGCUAAUUGCAAUAUUUAUUAUGAAGCAUAAAGUACUAGGUAUUAUGUUACAGUAAUUAAAGGAAUGCUAUGGGUGCCCAAGACACUACUUCUCGAUGAAGUGGCCUGGGUGCUCUGCUCCUGUAGGUUUAACCCUGCAAUGUAAAUAUUGCAGGUGGUGGUUGUUGUAUUUUUUUGUUUUUUUUUAAAUAGGAACUGCAAUUUGUACAUUGAAGGGUUAAAACUCCCGCAGUGGCUGUGUUCCUGCUGCAGUGCAGUUCCCAUAGGAAAGCAACUGAUAUAAUGCAUUCCAAUGGGGACAUUUGAUGUGCAGAAGAGGUAAUCAGUGCCAGGGGAACCUUAAUGCUGAAAAAAAAUGUGAGUAUAACACUAUUUUUAUGCCGAGGGGGGGAGAGCUCUGGGGAGCCACCAGAUCUACGAAUAGGGAAAACCUAAAGCAUGAGGAACACAUAUUUUUAUUUGUAAUGUUUAGUGUUCCUUUUAAAGAGGAGAAAAUCCUUUUUCAUAUAUAAAAUAAAGCCUUUAUAAUAAAGCUAUUUUUCUUUCUAUAACAGUAUAACUUCUGCAUUUAUAGGAUAUGUGCAAUAUAGGGAAAUAUUAUUGUACGUUUCUAUGUUGCUUAGCAACCAUAACAUGAUUGGGCAAAUAAUACACACCCCAUGCACAUGCAGCACCAAUAUAAGUACCUACUUUGUCAUAUUGUCAACUGAAGUGAUGUAAGGACAGUGUCCUAGCAUUAUAAUCACUUUCAAUAAACACAUGUGGUUAUGGUGCCCAGAGUGUCCCUUUAAUUUCUAACUUACGGAAAAACCUACACGAUGCACGCUUUAGGAAGAAGAAAAUAAAUAUUGACAAUGGAGGGAACAUAACGUUUAGAGUUAUUCACUAAAGUGGUAAUGAACAUGAACUCAAAUUUCAUUUAAAGGAACACUAUAGUGGGGAAUGAACACUUGCAUUCCUAACUCUAGUGUCCUAAUCACUGUUUAGUGUUAAAAAUGUAUAGGUUUUUAUCCCAAUCCAUGCUGCAAUGGUUAAAAAUGUAUUGGCUUUUUUUUCUGUCAUAUGGUGGCAGUAACUGAAGGGUUAUACUUCUCCCUGUGGACAAGACAUCUUAGCAAUUAAAAACAAAAAGGACCCUCCCCCUUUCCCUAUAAAGUGUUGUACCUCUCAGACAUUCCCCAGUCUUCUUUCUUGUCCCGAGAGGGAAGGACAGGACAUCGGAGGUGAGACACACGGGUUGUUUGUCUGGGGAACCCGGUCCGAGAGCUGCCCGGGCGGUAGGGUUACGGAGCAGGUGGAGGGAGAGAAUUUUAUGCCGAACGGUUCCGGCAUUACUUCCGGGAGGUGGAGCUCUGGCCGUGCAUGCGCACAGCGGUGGAACGCACGCCCGGGUGGUGAUUGUGUUCCAACUAGGCUUCCGGGUGAGCAAACACGCAUGCGCAUACCGGAACCUUAAAGGUGUAUAUACAAAAAAAUGCAAAAAUUGAAACCGGUAAAUAUAAGAAGCUGUGCAGUACCUACUGACUGCAUGGAUGCAGGUCAGAAAUAGUACACCGUGUCACCUGCCCCCCACACUGCUCAGAGGUAUUUUGAGGUAAGAUUUAAUUUGAUCUUUACUUUAAAAUAUUCUCUGAAAAUAUUCCUUCAAUUCAAAUGCUGAAAAACCACCUUUUCAUAUGUUCUCCACAGAUGUUUAGCCCAGCUUAUCCUGACAUGGACAAAGAAAAGCUGGCUGCUGCUACGCCUAGAAAGGCUAUGGUUAAAUCUAAACAUUUAGUUUGCAGUGGAUGUGCAACAUCUCUCCCAGAUGGAUCAAGGAAAAAGAUGUGCAGUCAGUGUACGGCAAAUUCCUUGGAUAUGCAGUCUUUCCUAUCCUGGUUCCAAGAAAAUCUGGCCCAGGCCUUGGAGACGAUUAAGGAGUCUAAAAAGGUAGAAUCCCCGACACAAAAGAUCAAGAAAAGAAGAAGGUCGCCAUCUACAUCUGAAAGCUCAUCUGGGGAAUAUAUCUCAUCACUUCAUUCAGAUGAUUCAGGUUCCUCUUCAAGUGAACCGGUUGGUUUUCCUGCAGAUGAGAUUUGAAAAUUUAUAAAGGAAGUUAACCUAACAAUCCUACCUCAGGGUAUUGAGAAUCCUAAAAAGGGGUUUUUUUUGUUUGGUUUUUUUUUUGGUACAGCAAAGCCUUGUUGAUCUCAUUUUUAGGGAAUGGAAAAACCCUGAAAAACGUGCCUUUAUUUCUAGACACUUCAAGGAUAUCUUCAGACUGGCUGGCGAAGUCAUUGUGGAAGAUCUCCCUAAAGUAGAUGUUCAGGUCGCGCAGAUUGCUAAAAAGACCACUAUCCCUAAAGGGGAAACUUCAGCUUUGAAGAAUCCAAUGGAUAAAAGAGCCGAAACCUUGUGUAGACGAGCUUACCAGACAGCCGUUUUCCAAUGCAGGGCUUUAUUGGCAGGAGCAGCGGUUGCCAGAGCAAAUGACAUCUGGCUAACUACAAUGCAGGAUGUUUUUUCAUCUGACCAGGUUAAAGAAUUAGACCAUUUGUUUCAAAGAAUGCAUUUGGCUAAUGAAUACCUUUUGGAUAUGUCAGUAGAAGUUCUAAAAUUAGCAUCCAAAAUUAUGGGCCUAUCCUCUGUAGCAAGACGGGCCUUAUGGUUAAGGUCUUGGAUGGCGGAUUCAGUUUCUAAAUCAGUCCUUUCCGAACUUCCACUAGAAAAAAAGAAAUUAUUUGGGGCUCCCUUAGAAGAAAUCAUUAGACAAAUGUCAGAAACCAAGAAAGCGCUUCCUCAAGAUAAGUUUUCCUGGAGGUCAGGAUACAGAAAUUAUCAGAAUAAAAAUAGAAGAUUCUGUCGAGAGACCGAAAUUUUUUUCAAAGAAGGGAUAAAAAUCAUAAAUUCGAACAAAGGGGUGAUAUUAAAAGAACCUUCAGAGAUAAAGAGAGAUGUUUCUGACACCAGAAGUGUAGGAGGAAGACUCCAACAAAUUUUUUUCUACAUGGGAAAACACCACAGGGAAUCCUUGGGUGCUAAAUCUUAUCCAAAAAGGACACAAGAUAGUAUUUACAGACAAAACAAGAACAAAGUUUCUGGUAUCCACAUACCAGUCUGCAAAGAAAUCACAAGCCCUGUUUUGUCAAACCAUGCUGCUGUUACGAAAAAGAGUUAUAGAAAGCGUACCAGUAAAACAAAAUUUUUGGGAGGUCUAUUCAAGAUUAUUUCUGGUGCCAAAACCAGACAACUUGUUUCGUCCCAUUCUGGACCUAAAAUACAGUUAUCCCCUAUCACAGAUUUCGUAUGGAGUCAAUCACGUCGAUUUUUAUUUUUUUCCCUUUUACAAAGAGGCGACUUUAUGGUAAAAAUAGAUUUAAAGGACGCCUAUCUACAUGUUCCAAUCGCAACCACUUCAAGAAAAUUUCUAAGAUUUGCUAUAAAAAAUGGAAGAGCCACCGUUCAUUUACAGUUCAGAGCUCUACCGUUUGGUCUGUCUUCCGCCCCCAAGGAUAUUUACAAAGAUCCUUACUCCUUUAACAGCUCAUUUGAGAGAACUACGUAUUUCAAUCAUCCCUUAUUUGGAUGACUGGCUCCUCGUUGCUCAUACAGAAGAACAGCUGCACAGGGACCUGCAGGUUACUUUAAGUUUUCUUCAAAACCAUGGCUGGAUCUUAAACAGAAAAAAAUCGGUACUCAUCCCCACGAGAGAGUUAGAAUUUCUCGGAUUCACGAUAGAUUCCGUCUACAUGUCAAUUUUUCUUCCCAAGCGGAAAAGGAGGAAAAUCAGAAGAGAUUUCCAAUCUCCAAAGGAUGGAAACUUGUUCCUUCAGACAGGCAAUGGGUGUUUUGGGUCUUCUUAUUGCCACCUUUCCAGCUGUCAAAUGGGCAAGGUCGGAAGUCACUGUUGCAAUGGAAUAUCCUCACUGCCUGGUCAAAAAAGGAGGAAGAUUUAGACUAAAUCUUCAGGCUGUCACCUCAUGUAAAAAAUCAGCUUACCUGGUGGAAAACAUCAGAAUGCCUUUUAGGAGGAUUAUCGUUUCGGCCAAAGGAUUGGAUGGUAGUCACUACAGACGCCUCAAGCACAGGCUGGGGAGCUCACUUAGGCUCCACCAUGUUCCAAGGAAGAUGGUCGUCAGAGGAAGCCAAAGAAUCCGCAAAUUUCAAAGAAUUGUUAGCAGUACUUUACGCACUACUUCACCUCAGGCCUUGGAUACUACAAAAAGCAGUGAUGGUACAAUCGGACAAUCGUCUCAUAUAUCAAUCGUCAGGGAGGAAACAAAGUAAGGAAGCUUUUCGGUCUUUGCAGAUAUUAUGGAAUGGUCACAAAAAAACCUGGAAGAUAUCAAAGCAGUUCACAUAAGAGGCAGUGACAAUAUAAUAGCCGACGAUCUGAGCAGAGGAAAGUGGGACCAAAAAGAAUGGUCCUUGAACCCGGAAAUCUUCAGUUACCUGACAGAAAUGUUCGGUCUUCCAGAAGUAGACUUGAUGGCAAGAGCUUCAAACAAAAAGGUUCACAAUAACGGAUUGGCCCAAUUGGAUAGACGCUUUGUCAAUAGAGUGGAACUUCCGACUAGUUUGUCUUUUCACCCCUGCCCUUAAUCCCAGAGGUCCUUUUCAAGAGAAGAACAGAGCGAUUGUAAUAACGAUAAUCCCAUACUGGCCAAACAGUCUGGUUUGCGGCCGUAAAGGAAAUGACCAUCAAUUAUUGGGAACUUCCAAGAUCAAACCUGCUUAUUGUGAACUGGCACCUACCCUUGAAAAUCCUAGAAACUUUCAGGUUGACAGCUUGGCUACUGCAAGGUUUACAAGAAGACAGAAUAGCAAUUUAACUCCACGCAACUAGAAAAUCUACUUCUAAGCUUUACUUUAGGAUUUGGUCUAAAUUUUUUCACUGGCGUAAGGAACACCAGUGCCCAGUUUUGCAUCCAUCUAUAGAGAACAUUAUCCAUUUUUUUACAAAAUGGGUUUUUAGCUGGUUUGAGUGUCUCCACGCUCAAGGUGCGGAUAUCGGCCUUAAGUUUCUUUCUAAUUAAAAAUCUGGCUACCAAUGUCUCCAUCAGACGUGUUUUUUUUUUAUUUAUUUUUUUAUUUUAGAUCCAUCAGUCUCAAACGACCUAGGUUUCCAACAUGGGAUUUAACCCCGGUCCUACAAUCUUUGUGUUCAUCCCUUUGCACCUUUGGAAGAAGUUCCAUUAAAAAUUGGAGGAACUAGACCUGUCUGACACUGACCUUUUGAGAGACUGUUUUUAAUACGGUCUUAAUUUCAAUAAAGGUCAGGGUUCCUAUCUCUUCAUUCACUGUUCUCACCACAUUAGCAAGUACGCCUUAGAAUAAAAGGGCUCCUGUCUCUUGUUUUUUGUUUUCUUUUAAUUAACUAAGCACGAGAACAAUAUGUAAAGGUCUGAGGAGAGGGAAGAGUUGUUGCGGACGAAUUCUGUGCUGUAAUAAAGGAUUGACUAAAUGUUUGGGGCAGAAGAUGACAUCGUUGUUUUUUUUUAUGUAAUGUAAACUCCGUGUUUGAAGCUUGCAGGUUGGUAACCAGGUUUGAGUGACAUGACCACGUUGGCAAGGGUUGUAUGUUUCGUACAGAUUAGAACGUUGAAUACCUUCCUAAAUCCGUUCACAUUUGUUCUGAGUUAUUUAUGAGUGCAAGUGAUAAACCCGCUAACAGCAUCCAAAGGUUUUCUAAUUGUUGAAUUGCCCAUGAGUUAUCCGAGGACUCUGGGACUUCACUGAUUGCAUAUUUCUUUCUUCUAUUUAAAGUGACACUAUCACCAAAACGUGAUUUAUUUAUUUUAAUAUUUUUUUUAAUUUUUUUUUAAACCAUUCUAACCAGAGGGAGGGCUUCUUAGAAUCUUUAUGGGAUUGCUAUUUGUUAGAGGUGGAUGGAGUUGGCAUGUGUGGACUGCAGCUGUAAUUUAAUUAUUAGAUGCCUACACCUGAGGAUCUAAGGGAAACUCCCACAAAAUGGCUGCCUGAGAAACAAAGAAUGUAAUGGCAGAUAAGAACCAUUCGGCCCAACUAGUACUUUUAUUAGUCUUUAGCCUUUUAUCUAGGAUAGCCUUAUGCCUAUCUAACGCAUGCUUAAACUCCCUUAAUGUGUUAACCUCUACUACUUCAGCUGGAAGGCUAUUCCAUGCAUCCACUUCCCUAUUACUUUACUGGGAGGGUAGUGGAUGCAUGGAAUAGCCUUCCAUCUGAAGUGGUAGAGGUUAACAUAGCAAGGGAGUGAAAAGAUGACAAGUCUUCUUUAAAUGGACACAUCUGGCACCUGAACACUCAAGUGUAUAGGUUUGAUUUUUGAGAUUGGUUGCUCAAUAUGCCCAUUCUCACUGUUCCUUCCUCUCAAGUUGCAAUGUUUCCCCUUUGCUCCAGAUAUUCCACUAUAAAUGUUAGUGAUAUAAAUGAUGGUUAGAAUCUUACAUUCUGGAAGUAGUUUAGCUUGUAGCCUUCUACGGUAAAAGCAUGACCAUUGGAAAGAAAACAAAACUCACAGAAGCAAAUUCUGUGUUACUAAAGCACAUUAUUAUUAUUAUUAUUAUUAUUUAUAUAGCACCAACAGAUUCCGUAGCGCUUUACAAUAUUAUGAGAGGGGAUGUAACUAUAAAUAGGACAAUUACAAGAAAACUUACAGGAACAAUAGGUUGAAGAGCACCCUGCUCAAAAGAGCUUACAGUCUAUAGGAGGUGGGGUAUAAGACACGUUAGGACAGGAAAUGUCAAUCAAAUAGGGUGGGAGUGAAGCAGAGCUGGAGGAGAGAGUAAAGCACUGCCCUAUAGGAGAGAGUAAGAGACAGGUAUGUAAGGUAGAGGUUACUCUGGGAGGCCAUAAGCCUCUUUAGGAAACUAAAGAGAUAGGUUUUAAGGCUCUUCUUAAAUGAUUGAAGACUAGGGGAGAGUCUGAUGGCGGUAGGCAGGCUAUUCCAUAGGAAAGGAGACACCCGCGAGAGGUCCUGCAAGUGCGAGUUGGCCGUAUGGGUGCGAGCAGCGGUCAGGAGGUGGUCACGGGCAGAGCGGAGGGAACGAGGAGGGGCAUACCUAUGGAUCAUUCAGGAGAUAUAAGAAGGGCUAGAAUUGUUCAGUGCUUUAAAUGUAUGGGUUAGCACUUUGAAUUGACUCCUAUAGGAUACAGGGAGCCAAUGUAAGGACUGGCAAAGGGGUGAUGUGUGAGAGGAUCGACUAGAGAGGAAAAUCAGUCUGGCAGCAUCAUUCAUUAGACUGUAGCGGGGCAAUACAGCUUUUGGAGAGACCAAUCAGGAGAGUUGUGUGUUUUUUUUUGUUUUUUUUUUUAAAACCAAAACACGUGUUGUGAUACAAAAGUCCAACUUGACAGAUGCAGGUGUGGCACAACAGUAAUUUCUACAUUUGCCCUGUGGGGAAUUGUUAUAGUGUUCAUUCUCACCACAAUUUUUUGGGCUAUACACUCUCGGAAGUGUAUUCAGCAAUCCAUCAGGUCACCUUUUAGUGUUUAGGCCGUAAAUGACAGAGAAAUAAACGGUUACACUGCAGGGGCAUGAUCAUACACUAAAACUUAUGGGGUACACUCGACAGUGCUUUAGAAAGGUAAUUAUCAUCAUUUUUGGCUUUAAAUUUUCAUUUUUUUUUAAUUUUUUUUUUUUUUUUGGGUAUGGGCAGUUGCAACUGCAGAGGCUACAAAAUCUGGUGGUUUGCACCAAUUUCAGGAACGUCAAGUGGGGGUUACUUUUGGUUUUCGUAUUCAGCAAUCCAUCAGGUCACCUUUUAGUGUUUAGGCCGUAAUAAUAAUCUGGGAUAAGAACAUACUCUGAUAAUUCACACGCCAUGUAGUACAGUGGUGCUAUAUAGAGAUAAAUUACUGUUGUGCAUCGCCUCAUAUCUUAAGAUGGACUUUGAAAAGUUCUCCUUGUGGAAACAUGAUUUCUCUGUUUGACAGAGUUCCCAGAUUGACAGGCAUUAUGUUUUAGACUUUAUCCUGUAUUUCUGUACGUACCCUUGGCAAUAGACACUUCUGUGAGUGUAUAGCCAAAAAAAGUAUGGUGAGAAUGAACACUAUAACAAUUCCCCAGAGGGCAAAUAUAGCCACACCUGCAUAUCUCAAGUUGGACUUUUGUAUCACAACACAUGCUUUGUUUUUUAAAGCCAAUCUGUGUUUAAAAUAGCAUUCUUCACUGAGGGUACCUACAGAAAUGCCUGUCUGUGCUUAUUUACAUAUCGGACUUGGAACUCUGGGAUAGUUGUAGAAACAUUAAAUGCAUUGUGGUAAGCUUUAUUGUUCUUACUACAAUCAUUUUGGCGCAUAAUUAUAUAUAGAAAGUCUUCCUUGGACACCGAAACUAGAGAAAUUCCGUUUCCACAACAUCCCAGAGUUCCAAACUCUGCACUGUGGGGAGGUGUAUUGCGUUUGGUCUCACCACAAUCUUUUUCGCACCUAGAUAUAUUCAUAUCUAUAUCUCUAUAUAUCUCUAACUUUUUUUUUUUUCUACAAUUAAAUAUUGCUGCAGCCACUGGCACCAAUAUCCCCAUCCCUUUCUUGUAUCACAAGGUGGACCUACGGCUUUCUUUGCCCCAUCAAGGUCUUGUAUAUUGUGUGCAUGCCGUAGAAGUGGCAAGUAACUUGUACUGGCUCUUUCGUGGACUGCUUUGUGAAAUGGCUGUAUUUUAUUUUCAGUUGGCUAAAGACUUGGUGAACCCGUCCUCUGAGGAUGAAAAGAGAUGUCACAAGAAGAAGAGGUUGGUUCAAAGUCCAAAUUCCUACUUCAUGGAUGUAAAAUGCCCAGGUAAAGUACUCCAUAAUUAUGAACUUAAAGUACUGAAGGGAAAAUAAGUGAUCUAGGAAAAGUUAGAGAAUACUGAAAGUAUUUGUGUACAAACGUAUUUUUUUUCUUCUUUGACUGAAUAAAAGGCUUGUGUAUUGCGCCUGCAAGGGUGUCUUCCACUUGUUCAUAAAUGGGGGAGCCCGUACAUGUGCACGCAUGUGAUCACAACCUGCACAUGUACAGCAAGCCCCUCCUAGAAAUCCGAGCUAAACAAGGGAUUCGCUGAUUAAUUUCAGCCAUUUCUUGGUUGAAGCGGACAUUGCUAUCCAAAGGAUCGGAACAUGGGGUUUGACGCAUGAGAUCUUCCUACCUAGGUGAGUAUUUAAUUCAUAGUUUAAACAUGGUCUAUCAUGCGUUAAAAAGGUAAUUUAAACCCUUCCCUGGAAUGUCCAAUUAAAAUCUCUGUUUAUAUUGCUUCCAGGCUGCUACAAGAUUACAACCGUUUUCAGCCAUGCACAAACAGUUGUGUUGUGUGUAGGAUGUUCCACGGUUUUGUGCCAACCUACAGGUGGCAAGGCCAGGCUUACAGAAGGUAUGUUCCUUUUUUUUUAUGCUUACAAUCAAUCUCAUGAAAUGCAGUCCUUUCAUCCCUCCUUGUCACUGGGACCAACAAAGAGCUGUCUCCAUAACUGCAGAGUACCAAUGUCAUAUACCUUUUGUGUAAGAUUCCUGGCUUGUUUUGGCUCCGCUUCCUUUGCUCAGUUAUACCGUACCCAUGUACUUAUUUACACCACAGACACCUAUUUCUGUGAUAGUCAUAUAAUAGUUUCAGAACAUAUGUUUAUUUAAAAUAUUGCUUUAAUGAGCCCAUGUCACAUUUGUCUACUAGAAGUAUAUACCAUAAUACGUGUAUUAUCCAGUUUCUAAUUGUUACUUCUCUGGCAAUUCUGCUUUUAGAUUCCUUAGAACUUGUGUUUACCUCCUGCAUAUGUAAUGUUCCUUUUUAUGUUAAGGGGUUUAUUUUAGAUAAAGCAAAUGACCUCACAAUUCAGUUAAAUUAGAAUGAGAAUGUACUUUUGGUUUCACUCACUCAUGCCUCCAUCAUGGUCUCUCUCUAAAUAUAGUGGAUAAGUAAAGAAAAUAUUUCAAAAUCGAGGGAGGUGACAACGCCCCUUUAACAAAAAAGGCAAGACUGAUAAAAAUGUUACGAGUUGUUAAAAUUCACAUUUUGUGUUUACAGGAUGUUCCUUCAGAAAAAAACAACACUAAGCGUCCUGUCUACUGUACGACUUAAUACUGAUUACGCAAUGUAAUUAUCGCUCCUCAGGAUGAAUUGCCUUAUAUGUGGUCCUAUAAACCACUCUCCUUGCUGUGGUAUAGUACUAGUUGGCUUUUGAAAUUUGAAAUUCAGGGAGACUUUUGCAGUUUGAUUAUGUGCAAACAUUUCCUAAAAAAAUAAAUACAAAUUUACAAGUGAA